AUGACGCUCGCGCAUCGCGCGCGCGUGCUCAGCGCGUACAGGGAGCUCGCGCACCUCGCGCGGACGCGGUGCGCCGGGAACGAGGUCGUGGCGCGGGCGCUGGAGCGCGCGAGGGAUGAAAUUCGUCGACGCUCGAGCGAGUCGGCGACGAGCGCGAGCGCGAUGGAUGGGAUCAAGGCGCUGGCGAGCACGAUAGGGUACGCGCGGACGGUGGCGCGCGGGCGGUCGAGGCGGCGAUUCGCGUGGGACGACGCGUACGCGCGCGCGACGCGAUUCGUCGCCAGGGACGGACGCGUGGAGACGGCGCGGCGCGGCGAGGACGAGGGUGGGAACGAGCGAUCGAGGGUGGCGACGGGAAUCUUGAGUAGGGAAGACGCGUGGGCGUAUCACAACAGGUUGAUCGAUAGGCAGCACUUUGGGAGACGACUGAAGAAGUUCAUCCCCGAGCCGCUGUGA